UUGAAACUCUCUAUCAUACAGACAGAAAAAAAUAAUCUACGUAAAACUAAAUCAAUACAGUGUGUCCGUGACUUUACUGCGUUGAAAGAGAAGAUUUCCAAGUUACACCGAACCCUUGAUUCAGCCAAUCAAAUAUACCCACCCUCCGCAAAGACGCCCGCGCCUCUCCUCUUUAUAAGCGACGUGAGUCUUGGAGCGGCCCGCAGUACACCCUGGUCCGUGCACCGGCGCAUUUCCCCUGCCCAAAAACCAUGAGCGGAUCCGGUAAAGGGUUUUUGGGGCUGUGGCUGUACCGGAACGGUUCUGAUUGGCAGGUGAAGAAUGAACCGCCUCAUCAUCCUAAGAUGGCUGAUCUUCAAAUGGCCAAGCAACAAUUGCCACCACAGCCUGAAACUGACAAGCUUUCAGUGAUCUUCACUCUGAGGAACCAAGUCGGGGGAUUGGUCCGGGUCCUGUCCGUGUUUCAAGACCUUGGUAUCAACGUUCUGCAUAUUGAAUCAAGGCAGUCAGCUAUGGAGUCAUCUGCUGCGGACAUCUUGGUAGAUGUCCAAUGUGAUCCUCGCCGGAUGGAGCAGUUGAAGAGGAUGCUGAAGAGGGAGGUGAAGGACUUCGAGGUGGUGCCCCCGCAGUUCGGAGAGGAAUUCCCUCCACCGACGCCCUUGUCCGCGACGGCUAGUUUUGAUUUCGGUGAAAUGCACUGGUUCCCUCGCAAGAUCUCUGACCUGGACCGUGCCCAGAAUGUGCUGAUGUACGGGUCCGAGCUGGACGCAGAUCAUCCUGGGUUCAAGGAUCCGGUGUACAGGAAGCGUCGCGAGCAAUUUGCUGCUAUCGCCAACAAUUACAAAUAUGGGCAGCCCAUUCCAAAAAUUCAAUACACUGAAACCGAAAUAAAAACAUGGGGUGUCGUGUUCAAUGAGCUGCACAAGCUUUACCAGAAGCAUGCCUGUGAGGAGUAUCUGGAGAACUGGCCUCAGCUGGUCAAGUACUGCGGCUACCGUGAAGAUAACCUGCCUCAGCUAGAAGACGUGAGCGCAUUCCUGAAACGUAAAACCGGGUUCCAACUGCGCCCGGUGGCCGGGUAUCUGUCGCCGCGAGACUUCUUGUCGGGCUUGGCUUUCCGUGUGUUUCAUUGCACGCAGUACAUACGCCACUCUUCCGAUCCCUUUUACACCCCGGAGCCUGACUGCUGCCAUGAGUUACUGGGUCAUAUGCCACUGCUAGCUAAUCCAAGUUUCGCUCAGUUUUCUCAAGAGCUAGGCUUGGCAUCUCUCGGUGCUUCGGAUGAAGACAUCGAUAAACUUGCUACGCUCUACUUCUUCACUGUUGAGUUUGGCCUGUGCCGUCAAGCCGAUGGGAGCUUCAGGGUCUACGGCGCUGGUCUUCUGUCCUCGGUAGCCGAACUGCAACAUGCGCUGUGCACUCCGGCUAAGAUCAAACGUUUCGACCCAGAAGUCACAGUAGACGAGGAGUGCAUUAUAACGUCUUACCAAAAUGCCUACUACUAUACGGAUUCAUUUGAAGAGGUCAAAGAAAAAAUGAGGGCUUUCGCUGAAUCAAUACAGAAGCCAUUUACGGUCCGCUACAAUCCUUACACCCAAAGUGUUGAGAUUUUGAGCAAUGCUCAGAAGAUAACUGCGUUGGUGCGUGAGCUGAGGGGAGACAUUUGCAUCGUUUCGUCAGCUAUCAAAAAGAUCUCAGCUCAAGAUUCCACCCUUGAUGUGGAAACUAUUGCCAAUAUGUUACAUACCGGAUUGCAGGUCAAUGAAAGGAGCCCUCAAAGUACAUCUGGAAAUACUUCGCCCAACUGUGAACCGAGUACAUUCCACGACAAAACAGAAGAAAUUCCCCAAAAAUAAUUCUUAGAGCGUUUAUUACAAGCUCGAUAGUUUUUCCCAAAUUUAUGUCGUUAUAGUAGAUUCGUGUUAUUAUAUCAAUGUUUGUAAUCGUUAUACGAAUAUUAUAUUUAAAAAAAAAACUAUAGCUGUAAUUGUAUUGCUGCAAAGCUGCAUUUCCUCUAUUAGUAUAUUCAUUCAUAUUAAUAAUUGUUCACAAAAUGAUAUUUAUUAAAUCCUAUACUUAAUUCCAAUUUAAAUGUCUGUAGUCUCUAAGGUAUAUGCAUCAGUUUUAACUUUUAGUGAUACAAUAAAAUAUAUUAUAUUUUAUCUUAUGAAAGUAUUUUUCUUAUCUGAUUUAUGUAGGGAGCGAAGGUGUUGCCGCUCCUCCAGGAGGAUCCUCCGACCAAGAUGGGCGGUUUAGCUUGGUGGGUAAAUGCCCGACACAGUUACAUGUCAGGAUUCUGUAUACACAAACUAGCUGUAAUUUUUUGAUACCGCGAUACAGGAUUUGCUAUUUACCUUCACACUACUCUGCCAUCUGACGGUCGUCCUUGAUAUCUCUUCACAGGAUCUUGAUCUUGACUUCUAUGCUUGCGCGUAUUCAUUAUAGAUGUCGCCACAAAUCGAAAAUCAGUAAUAAAGUACCAAUAACCACUUAAAUGGUACAAAUUGCAAAUUCUAAUUUAGAUAUUUUUAAAAUACGUAGCUAAACCAGAUCUUUCGUUGAUAGUACUGCUCAUGCUAUGGCGUAUAUCGUUAAUAGGUGCCGUGUUCUAAAUUCCUAGUUGAUUCAAGAUGCUGAAGUAGGUCAAACGUUAACGUUAGGAAAUCAGAAACAUGUGACGAAGGCCAAUGCUUUCUAUAUUUACCUGUUUCUGGCGUCUUCGCUGCUAUGAUUAUAAUAAGCAUUAAAGCUUAUUAUAAUCAUAAUAAUGAAUAAUUUAACUUACCACCGUUUCAGUUCAUUACGUGUUUCGGCUUAUUGCGACAUCAAAAUAAUAACAAUAAUUGUAAGUUUAUUGAUUUUACUCGUUCAGUAGCGUGUACAAAGGCCCCAUAGUAGACGUAUUUGAAUCUUGUUUUUCAAGUCUAUGAAAUAUUGUUGGUAUGUUUUAUAGCUCAAAAUUUUCCAGUAAGUACCUACCAGUUUCAAAGUAGUGUGGUUUGGUAUUGAUAUUAAUGAGAUACUUGUAAUAAUAUUCUUCAUUGCUACAGGAAAAACAGGACUCACAGAACGUAUUCUAACACAAGUUCCUAAAAUACUGAACAAAAAAGUUUGUAGAAUAAACUAUUUUUUACGCUUUGUUUUGUGGCGAUUUUAUCAAAUAAUUAAAUGCUGUUUGGAUCGUAUAUUUAAAAUUAAGCCUAUUUAAGUA